AUGGGGGCUUCAGUCUCGGGUCAGCGCGCCCUCCUCCAGAGGAUAGCUAAGUCGAGCAGGGCCUGGGGAGGGGUCUGGAUUCCGGGCCGCGUGUGGACGUGGGCGGAGCUAGUUUCGUGGGUGGGCCGCACUUCGGGCCAGGAGGCCAUGAGGGCCAUGGUGGGCCACACGGAAGCCGCUCUCGCUACCGUGGCACUGGUGGCGGACUUGCUUCUGCCGCCGAGGUUUCACAGUCUGCGGAAGCCCUCGCGGAGGUUCAGAUGCGAAAGCUGCUACCAACUGCUGUCAGUCGAGAUGGUCUACAACACGACCUUCCACCCGGCUGUCUUAUCUAUCAGCGGACAGCCUGACCUGUCUCUCCACGACCAGAAUUUCCCCGCCCACGCCCGCGGAGGGAGGGGCGGUGGGCGUGGCAGGGUAGCGAAGGAUAUGCUGACUCUCCUGACGUCCGAGAGAGAGGUGUCAGCUGAGGUCUACGAGGCGCUGUCAGAGGCUGCUGACAAUCUGGGCGUAGUGAGCGUGGACUGCCUCAUCUCCCAUGAACUCUGCCUGACCCCUCAUGACCUCUCUUACCUCAUCGACACGAGGCGAGAGGCGGAGACUGAGCCUAGGCCGGUCAUAGAAAACGCGGAAGUACCCUCUACGGAAUUUCGGAGUAACUAUAGAAAAACGUACGAACCUGUCGACGAUGAAAUCUUCUCUCUGGCGGAGGGGACGGAGAGUUUCAAUGAUACUUUGGAAAGAGAGAAGAUGGGUUUGUAUUCGGCUGGAGGUGAUGAGGGGGAAGGUAUGGAUAAAAUUCGAGUAAGAAUGGGAGAUCCGAGGAAAAAUGGUCAAGGUGGAUUCACCAUGAUAUAUCCAUCUCCCAACGGAAAGUUAUACGAUCAGGUGAUCAGUGACCUGUACCACGCCGUCGCCUCCAACACGAGCGCUGCCUUCAGUCCUGCCUCUUACAUCCUUACGGAAAGUUGGCGUCACGUGACCCGGGAUCUCCACGGGCUACUCACGUCACUAGAGUCCUUUUACCGUCCACUUCCUUCAGGAUUCCCGCCCAUGUUGGCUAGUCUGGAUCUCCGUCAAGAUGAAGACAUCCAUGAAAAAUGGUUGAGGCACCAAGAAGCACAGAAAAAUCCUUGUAUGGAAGACCCGGCCACCGCUCCUUACCUACAGAGGAUCGUCCUUCUACCGGAGGUCGACCUCAAACCGGCUUUCACGCCACUUGUCACGUCCUACUGGGCAGAGGUGGAGUACGAGCUCAUUACAGUUCAAGUGACAGGUGUAGCGCUUCACUGCCAGGCUGAGGCGCGACUUGAGGACAAAUUUGGGCCGUCUACGCUAGUGAACUACACCCUAGGUCUUGGCGACAACCACCUCACUCUGGCCGUGGUGGACAUCGCCCAUUCAGAGCCCUGGACCCUUAACACUUACACAAUUCACCUCACCCGCCGCUCGCCCCCACGCCCGCGGCCUGACGUCACCUCACGCCCGCACCACCAAGUGUGCGCGCUUAUACAGGAGUGUGAGCUGCGCAUGUCCCCCUCGGAACCGUGUGGGCUGAGGGUCGAGUCUUCCUUCAACUCGUGGGCGGCCUUUCACGCCCACGCCCAGGCCCUCAAGUCCUGUAACCAAGGAGACGCCCACGGGCGCUGGGUAGUGCCAUGCGGUUGGUGCCUCGAGCGUGCCACCUGCGACUGGACGAAAGCAGUUUGGCAGCCGUAUGCUUGCACGCACCGCCCGCUCUCUCGCCCGGAUCUCCAGAAGUGUCUUAAAGGGAAAACGCUCGUCUUCCUCGGCGACAGCACGAAUCGCGGGAUGCUCUACGCCCUCGUGGAAAAGGUCAACGGCUCCUUGACCUCCUGGGACAAGACCCACGACUUGAAGGUCAUCCGGAAGGUCAGCUCGGGUCACGCCAAUUUUGCCUUCGCUUACUACCCUAAGUUCUGGCUGCCGCCCAAUCAGCGCCCGGUUUUCGACAAGACGCUCUAUCAGCUGUUGCUCAGGGCGAGUCCAUUGCAGAAUAACAGCAACACGGUCGUUGUGGUUGGAGGCGUCCAUUGGCUUGCUGUGCAACAUUUACACAUCCUCACUUCAGUGUUGCAUAGAGAGGGUCUCGAAGGAGCGCAGGUCGUUUUGAAAACCCUUGGCGCGGGGUUUCACGCAGCGGCGCCAGGGGUUCAUACGGUGACGGCGCGCGACCAUUCCCGUCUCCUGGCGCAUUCCCGUUCCUUGUCUUCCUACGCCAGACAUCGAGGCUAUCAUGUUGUGGACACGUUUAACAUGACGUCUGCGAGAUACAGGCAUUUCCUUCAGGGCAAAUGCGCUUGUCAUUUUCACCAGGUCUCGAGCGAGAGGAAACCCGAAGGCGAGAUCCAGUAUCACGUCGAGGGUGAGAUAAACGACGUAUACACCAGCAUCCUCGCCAACACCAUCUGCCAGCAUCCUUUGCCCGGGAGAUGAUUGCGGGGGUGAAAGAUUUCCCUGUCGCUGUCUGCCUGUCUGUUUGUCUCUCUGUUCUCUCUC